ACAAGCUCCAUAUUAUGGCGAGCUGUCAUUCGCAACCUCUCUCCUCUUGAAAAUAGUUGACAGGUUAUGCAUCUGUAUUUGCGACCCCUUGCAAUUCAAGUCAAUGUAAUAAAAGAAACGAGUCGCCAGCGCCGCCGUACAAUCAUUGCAAUCGACACAAAGUAGUCGGCACAAUGAUAUCAUCACCAAUCCAAUACUUUGACGUUGACGAAAUGAGGCAUUUAUUCCGUGCACUUAAAUGAGAUUUAGAAGAAUCAAUAAAGGACGGAUACCUUUACGAGUUUCCAAUAGAUGACCGCGUUGCAUAUAGAGCAGACUGCUUUACUCGAUGCUUGGCGUGAGUAGUGAACGCCCUCACAAAGGUAGACUGGGUAAACAAUCUUGAGCUCGUUUGAUUUCUCGAUCUUUCGACUUCUCCUCAUUCGGUUCUUGAGAGCUAUCUUAAGAUGCUAGUUAUUAAGCCAAGUGGUGAUUUCGGCAGAUUAUCUUUGUAGCGGAAAUGAAACGUGGCAGGAUGCCAUUCCACCGCCCACCACUUUCUUCCGAAGCAUCUUAUAUUCCAUGCUGAGGUUUUUAAUCUACGGUGUCCUAAUUAAAGAAUGCUAUGCCUGUAGACAAAAUCGACCCUCGUUACAUUGCAAGAGAUGCUUCCGUACCGGAAUGGUGAAAACACUUUUCAUCCGUGCGUUUGAUACGGCUGAGACGAUGACAAGCCUACAUUCGAGGCGUUCUGUUACAUCAUAUGAAAGACAACCGUAAACAGGAACAAACUUGCAGGUUUUCAGAACAGCGGAUAUGACUACCAACAUUUCUCAUAGCAACGGGACCCUGCACUUCAUCACAUUAACACCUAUCGUUGCCAUGGGAACGGAGGAGAGGAUGACUUCUAUUCCGUGUGAUGGUCUCCACGAUGAGACGGUUUAUCGAUUUAUUUCCCCAGUGCUUUUCGGCUGCGUCUGUGUUCUUACAUUGCUGGGCUUGGUGCUGUCCACUGUGUUUCUAGUCUUCAACAUAAGAUACAGAAAUCACAGAUUAAUCAAGAUGUCAAGCCCCAAUCUUAACAUAUUAAUUGUGUUUGGCACCAUUCUCAUCUACACCUGCGUAGUUCUACUUGGGAUUGAUAUUAACACUACAUCAUUGGAAACAUUGACUGCACUCUGCAAGGCUCGAAUUUUCCUGCUCAUGUGCGGUUUUACGCUAGUAUACGGCUCUCUGUUCAGCAAAUCAUGGCGAGUGUAUAGAAUAUUUGGACAUACUGGUGCAAAGAGAAUGGUGAUACGGGAUAAUCGACUGAUAGGAAUAAUAACUUGCUUGCUUCUUGUGGAUUCCUUUAUCAUGGCACUAUGGCUUAUCUUCGAUCCUCCACAAUGCCAGGUGCAAUUACUUCCUGUUACGUCAGAGAAUACAGCAACUCAAUCUACUGAUAAUCCCUUGACAACGCAACCGACCACGCCCACGUUGAGGGGCUCGGUCUACGUGUGCCACUCCCAUUAUCAUGAAAUCUGGUUGCUAGUCAUCUAUGUGUACAAGUGUGUCAUCCUGCUCUACGGCACCCAUCUCUCAUGGGCCACACGGAAUGUCGCCCUCAGCGCCAUGAACGAUUCAAGGUGUAUCAUAAUCUCUGUCUAUACCUGCGUCAUCUUGGUUUCCAUGACGACGGCUCUAUCAUCGACGAUGUGGCGGUGGCCCAACGUGUGGUACUCAUGUAUGGCGUUGGUCCUGCUCCUCUGUACCACACAGGUCCUGGUCUUGGUCCACGUUCCAAAGAUUCUCGCAUGGAAGGAUAACCCGGAUGCCACUAUGCCGUUGUCAAGGACGAUAACCUCGUCAUACCUAGCAACCAAUCACGGUCAAUCGUUCGGUCAAGUAGAAGAAGAGUUAUUCCUCUUAUCUGCUGAAAAUGCAGCUUUAAAGCGGUCACUUGGCGAGAAAGAUGAAACUAUCAGGCUUCUCCAGAGUCAUGUAGGGGUGGCCAAGGAAAAACUUUGUCAGUUGAUUGUUGAGGGUGACGGUCGCCAUGACAGUGGUUGUGAUUUUGAUGGUUCCUCCUCAGCUACCAGCCAUGAAGAUCCUGCAUCGAUUGGCACCGAGCCAAGUGGCAGCGAAAAGUCCAUAUUGGACAAGCCCGCAGAUUAUGUUCAAGAGUCUGGGGGUUCGCAACAAAACAGUCCUAUCAAGAAGAAGAAAAGAUCGCCGAAAAGGAGCAAAGGAACCUCAACGAAAGGUCUUUGUAUGGACCAGGAACCAGUAGUGACGGUUGUCGAUUUGGAAGAUAAAAAUGUUUUAGAUCGUUCAUCUUCUGCGUUGCUACCUCCAUCAACAGGCCGGCGAGAGAGCUUAGGUGUACACAGCAUACGCAGAAGAAGAGCUAGUAGUCUACGCAGUGUUGGUAGCACAACGUCACAGUUUGAAGAACUGCGCAACUGUAUCGCAAAAGAGCUGCACCAAGCACAACAUAUAUCAUCAAACCUGCGGGAUGCCAUAGCGCAAGAUUUGGGCUCGUGUAGACAAAGACCGUUGUAUUACGAUAUCGCGCGUACAGAAGAGGAUAUUAUGUCCUCGCUGAGUAAAUCCUACAGACUACGGGACGAUGACACCCAUUCUUUAGCGAGUAGCACGUUCACAUAUGACAAUCCUAUUUUUUCUCGUGAUCAGUUUCCUAGGAGGAGUAACAGCAGUUAUCGCACGAGCAGAACCAGUAGACAGUCUAGCUUUAGAUCAGUUGCCAGCAUUGCGCUCGAAAUAGCAGAGAGCUACACACGAAGAGGCAAGAAUGGGAACGGUAAAGAGAGAGAACUGCAAUGGCCAAGUUACAUUCCACCUAAGGAAUCAAAAGUGCGCAGUGGAGAACCAUUACGUGUAGUGCGCAGUUCAGAAGCACCCAUUGUGUAUACUAGAAGCAUAUACAAUACAUACGUUUGAAUAAGGAAUAUUUUUGCUAUUGACUUGGCUUAUAUGUAAAUAGAAUAUCAAUUUCUGAAAGAAACAACUAUAUUUAUUACUGAAAUUACCUGUAUGUUAAAUUGUUUUCUGUGUACAUGUAUAUGCAGAUUUGUUUUCAACUUUACAAAAAGUGCUAUGUUAUGCUGACUGAAACUGCCAAUAUUUUGAAGUUUGUGUUUUGCUAGUAUCAGAACACUAUUUCACGAGGCCCGGAUUCUUCACGAGUCAUACGACCGCUUUGGAUGUUAAAAUCUGUAAAUGUCUUUAAAUCAAAACUGAAAACACAUCUUUUUAAUUAACUGUAAAUCUAAGCAUAUCAGGAGCUCCUGUA